CUAUAGUCUAUAGUGGGGGGCCCAGGGCUUACCCCCCACCCCACAGUUCUCCACUCCUCGUCAGCUGCUGCCGCCGAAGAGUGCUGCGUACGAACGCCAACACGAUUCAGCUACUAGUGAGGCGCAAAGAGAAUACACGAGAAGGAUAAAUCGCCCGAGACGAUCGGACGGUCGAGUUACUUCGUUCGUACUUAUUGGGUCGAUGUUCCAGUUGAGUACAGUGUCUCGGUGUUGUUGUGAUUGUGAUAAGCGGAAUUUGCGGGUUCGCGUCAAGUCGGCGGUCGAAUCGGAAUAAAAACAAUCGGCGAACCCGUUUAAAGGCGAGGGAAAAGCCGAAGAAUAGGUCCCAACGAUCGCUCGAUAAAGAAGGGAACGCUCUCGAGGAAGGUUCGGUGCACUGUACGCGUUAUAUGCAUACGCAUCCGCGCAGGGGUUGACGGCGAGGAUAGAUAAUUGGGAUGAUGACCGGAAACUCGGUAAUCAAACGCUGAGGAGCCCUGUUGGAAAGAAGAACCGAAGUCACUUCGUCUAUAGAAAAGAUUCAUUAUCCUUGUUUCGAAAGUCGGGGACCUAACGGUGCAACGUUAUAUAGCUCGUCGACCCGCGCACGAAUCGAAAGGUUUAAUCCGACUGCGAACUCGAGAUGGUAAAACGGCGAUGGCGUGAAAACUGACCAGUUGUUUAUAUUUAGGAUUAAAUUGCGACGAUACGUACGUCGUCGAGUGUCAAUUGUUUCAUUGUUCGAAUAUUCCAUUCGAUCCAUAACUCCGCGAGCUUCGCCGAGCGAACGAAUUAUAUCAACGAAUUUCUGACACCACGGACGUUGAAGUCUCCCAAAUUCGAACCUGAUCACAGGCGAGAUUCGCGCCUCUGACGCAAGGAAAAUUCCAAGUGUGUACCCGAUGUGGGAUAAUUUCUAACCUCAAAAACGCUACGAUCCUACGUCAUACACCAUGUACAAGCUACUGGGUGAUUUGAGGGGAUAUCUGAAAUGGCAGGACAUAACAACGGACUCGAUGAUAUUCCGGAUGCACAACAUAUUCACCACGGUUCUGCUCCUCGGUUGUUCCCUUGUGAUUACCGCCACCCAAUACGUGGGCAAUCCGAUCGCCUGCAUAGUCGAAUCGGGUCUUCGUAAAGAAGCGAUCAACACGUACUGCUGGAUUACUUCGACAUUUACGAUGCCCGACGCCUUCAAUCGCCAGGUCGGCAAGGAAGUGGCUCAUCCUGGAAUUGCCAACGAUUUCAACGACAGUAGCGCCCGCAAGUACUACACCUACUAUCAAUGGGUUUGCUUCGCACUGUUCUUUCAGGCAAUGAUGUGCUACGUGCCUCAGUGGCUCUGGAACACCUGGGAAAAUGGUUUGAUGAGGAAGAUUGUCAUGGGGAUGAAUCACCAACUGUGUGCCGAGAGCGAGAAGCGGAAGAAGAAAUCUGUCAUGAUGGAUUAUAUCUUGAAACACCGCACGAGACACAUCAGUUACGUUUACCGAUACUACGCCUGCGAGAUGAUUUGCCUGCUGAACAUACUGUUGCAGCUCUACUGUAUGAACCGUUUCUUCGACGGUGAAUUCAUGGGCUACGGUCUCCGCGUUUUACAAUACGCGGACAGACCGCAGGAGGAACGUGUCGACCCGAUGGUUUACAUAUUUCCACGUGUCACCAAGUGCAUUUUCCACAAGUUCGGUCCCAGCGGCUCGCUGCAGAAACACGAUUCGCUGUGCAUCCUUCCGCUGAACAUCGUCAACGAAAAGACGUAUAUCUUCCUCUGGUUCUGGUACCUGAUACUUACGGUAUUGCUGGUCGGUCUGCUCACUUAUCGGGCCGCAAUUAUUUUUGCACCCGCCAUAAGACCACGCCUGAUGCACUUUAUGGCGCGUGGAACGUCGAAGGAAACUUGUCGGAGUGUGAGUCGAAAGACGGACCUGGGAGAUUGGUGGCUACUCUACUGUCUGGGUUCAAAUUUGGAUCCGAUAAUGUACAGGGAGAUUCUUCAGGAGCUGGCGAAAAAGUUGGGUGAUCAAAAUUCACAGGUUGUUGCUUAGCGGAAUAUAUUAUGUGUAUAUUUUGUUGCACGAUGCGCACUUAAAUGUCAAAGAAGCGAUCUCGGACGAGGACUCGACGUUUCGGUUCAAUUAAAACCCAAUCUUGAGUGAUUUCGUUUGCUCCUGGCCCUGGCCUAGCGUUUACAUUUUAUAGGUACUCCGGCAAAGCUUUACAGACCGUAUUGAUAUACUCUCUUGAACCUGUCAAUAUUUGUUUUUUGACCGCUCUACUUACUCAGAACUUUAUAGAUAAGACUUAUCUACCAUUCCGUGAUUCUCUUGUUGUAGUAGUUAGCAUGAGGUUUCUUUUUACUUGAAGUUGCUGGUCGAGUGCUCGGCUAUCGUUUGUAUCAAGUUAUCGUUUGUUUUUUUUUUCUUCUUCACAUUACUUUUUUCUUUGCAUAUAUUGGACGACGAUUUGUGUUCGUACGUAGGUACAUUUUUUAUCGCUUUAAAAGUGUAUUUUUUAAACAUUUUAUUUUAUUACUGAUUUGUUUUUUCUUACAGAUAAAUAUCCCAUGUCUUAGAUUUCGUUUUUACACAUCUUAUUCCUAAUCAACCGUGAAUCUCGCGUGAAACUUUUAUGUGAUUUUUCUUCGUUUGAAAUUGUUAUUGUUUUAUUUUUGGGUUUCUUUUUUUUUUACUCGAUUUUUUUUUUUAUCCUUUUAAAUCAUUAUUGAGUUUUCAGUUGAAUGGGAGUAU